AUGAGUAAAUUGAGGAACCUUAAUCGUCAAUUCAUAUCUAACCUAAAGACCCAUGAAACUGUGACGAAUGCCAAACGUAAUUUAAUUCUUUCUAUUUUAAAAUCAACCACAACUAAAAGAGAAGCGAGAAAUUAUCUUAAUAAAUAUCAAAACCAGUUUGAUUUCAGUGAUAUCACAUUCAAUAAUGGAGUCCCACUGAAUUCAUUGGAAAAGAGAGAUAGUCAGCGUGAACUUUUUAUUAAUAGAUUUUUAAAUAAACAGAACCCUUUUACGAAUAUAUAUGACGAUGAGACGAAAUUACAAAAAAUUCCAUUAAGGUUAGCAUUAUUCAAAAUAAAAUUCCAGUCAAUUCUGUUGGAGAAUUGGAAAGGAAUGGCUGAGACAUUCAAACGCCUAAUACAUUUGGGAAUAUCACCUAUAAUAAUGCUUGAUUACGAUCAUUUGCCUGCUAAUACAUUUAGAAACAAUGAAUUAUACAUGUUAAAUCAAACUAACAAGAUAAUGAAUAUUCUUGGAAAACCGACAGAAGAGAAUGAUUUAAAGACAAUUAUAAUGCGGUCACUUUUCACCAAGAAAACGAUAAACGAUAAAGAUCUUGCCAUUGACAACUUAGAACUGGUUUUAAUACCCUUAUAUCAGGGUGUAAUACCAAUUAUUCAGCCAAUUGUAUAUAACGCAUCCACAUGCAUGCAAGAAUUUAUUGAUUCAAACGAUCUAUUAUUUAGUUUAUGUUCGUCUUUAUUAACGACGAAAAAUGUGCUAUCAAUUGAAAAAGUUGUUAUGAUAGAUCCAAUAGGUGGUAUUCCGUCAAUUGAAAGAAAUCAGACUAGUCAUGUCUUUAUAAACCUAUCGCAAGAGUACUCCGAUAUAGUUUCAGAGUUAUACAUAGGGUUUAUCAAACCUGAAUAUAGAAUUUUCCAUAUGAAUAAUUUAAAGGCUAUGAAUAAGACUUUGACAUUAGUAUCUGAUAAAACAGGUAAUGACGAAACAACAGGUAUCAUAACUACUCCGGAUAUUAUGUCUGUUAAUAAUGAUCAGUUGAACCCAAUAAUUUAUAAUGUCUUAACUGAUAGGUCUAUUAUUUCAUCAUCAUUGCCGACCUCUCACAACAGAACCCCUGAACUUUCUACCUCAAUUUUAAAAAAAGGGGUGGAUGUAAACAUCUUAGAUGCUUUGAACUAUCCUAAAGCAUUUACGUUGAAUAAUUUAGUACAAGAUGGCUCUGUAAAUAAAUCUAAACUAGUGGAUUUAAUUGAUGAUUCAUUUGGAAAGAAAUUAGACACUGAAAAAUACUUUGAUAGAAUAAACGAUUCUUUAGCUACGGUCGUAAUAGUUGGAGAUUAUGAUGGUGCUGCAAUCAUAACCUGGGAGACGUGUUCAAAGACAAAUGAAAAGAUUGCUUAUUUAGAUAAAUUUGCAAUCGCCAGUGUAAAUCAGGGCCUUCCUGGUCUAGCAGACAUCAUUUUUAAGAUUAUUUUACAAUCUCAUCCUAAUGAGUUAAUAUGGAGGUCAAGGAAAAAUAAUCCUGUGAAUAAAUGGUAUUUUGAAAGAUGUUGUGGAACAUUAAGCAAUCCAGGUUCCCAAUGGAAAAUAUUUUAUACGGGUGAUAUUUUCAAUAAGAAAAUAGAUAAGUUAAAGAAGCAAGGAAUACCUGGGGGUGUUAACAUUCACGGUAAAAUGCAUCAAUAUUCUGAUAUUACGGAGAACAUUCCACCUUCGUUUCUUUAG